AUAUAAUGUAAGUAAACAGUUCACACUCCAUGGUAAUCAAAGCAGCAAACCACAUGUUUGAAAAACUCGGCAGCAAUGUCUCUCUUAAAGUUCACGAGGCAGUUACUUGGAAGAAAAAUUCCCAAACCUAACGUGAGCAGUUCCACCAACCCUGAGAAGUGUGCGUCUAACAGUACAGCUCAACCAAGAGGGACGGCUUUAAUGUUUAGAUGCUGUCAGACUGUCGUGAGCACGAGUCUCUCAUUGUGGGAAAGUGCACACUUUGAUUUACAGUAAUACAGCAGGAGUGAUUCAGUGCUGUCAGUCACAAAGUCGCACAAGCUAAAGCAGACUGCUUUAUUUUCCACUUUACUCUGAUGUAGAUGAGACUUCAGGGAGUCGACCCCUGCUGGUCAUUAUAGAGAACGCAGGUUUAAAGCACUGUCUAAGUUAAAUUUUAAUUUCAGUCAGAUUUUAUAUUUAAAAACAGGCACAUUCACAGAGCUCCUGACUUCCUCCUCCUGAAGCUUUAAAAGCAUGAGCCUUAAAGCUGUAGACUUCCAUCCCCACCUGUUGCAGAAAUCUCUCAUCUCUUCUAGUUUUGUCUUGUUUUUAAGUAAACUAUCAGUCCUCGCCUUCCUUUAAAGAACCAGAUACGAAGUAGAGAGGAGCACUGACGCGCCACAGCUGUGUUUCAGUCAUUUAAGAGUUUCUGUGAAAGUUGAAGGGGGAGAUCACACUGAGUGCUGCGUGUCCUGUUCCAUUUUCUCUCCAAUCACCAAACGGCUUGGAGUUUCUAGUUACUUUAGUUGCUGUUGCUAUGGAGAUGACACAAAGUUUUCACCCUGGAUACUUGGUAGCAGUCACAGAUGAGGCCAGUUCAUAGCAUAGUGAUGCAGGUUCAGUCGGUUCCCCUCGGCUCUGUUACCAUCGGACCGCAGUCCUGGCGCGAGGGUACGGUCCGCUCCAUUCGGCGUGCUGAGCGCCUGGUCCGGCAGACUCGAGCCGGGCAGCCCGCUGCGUGCAGGCAGCCCCGGAGCGGCAGCAGCAGCGCCGCUGCAGGAGUAAGCCUAAAGCGCUCAGACGGCACAGCGGAAGUCACAGCCAGAGAUAAGAUAAGAGCGGAGGCGUGCAGACCGAGGAGUCGUGACUGCGUCUGCAACCAGAAGAUAUCAAGACCCCAAAGUGCAGGAGCCAUGUUCCCUGGUGGCUCUCAGAGGACACCUGUGGCCCCGUUCCCACCUUCCAGCCUGCGUGAGCAGUGUGCCGGAGCCAGUGUUGCUGUAGUUGCUGACUACAUGCGCAGAGUUCGGGAGGUGGAGGUCCAGCUGCGCAGGCAGGCUGGCAGAGUGACCGAGGAAGGUGUCAAGCUGGAGAGAGAGCGAGGACAUCUGGAGAGGAUGCUGCGCAGUCUUAGGACCAAUCUGACCAUCAACCAGAAGAGCUCAGAGGGGAGAACCAGGAGGCCAUCCACCACUGAGACGGAGAGAGAUGGUGCUGAUUACUUGCUGCUGUGGGAGAGGAGAGAGCUGGCUGAGCUGAAACAGGAUCUGGAGGGAACACUGAAAACCACACUGAGCCAGCUUCAGGCCCUGGGUGAGAGCAGCAGACAGCUGCUGGACUGUGCCAGUGAGAGGGCUCGAGUACUGGAACUGCUCCCUCUCAGUGGCUCUGCUGGAGGACAUGACUCUGCACCUCAGACCUUUAUCAAAACAGACCCCAUCAGCCCCUUUACUCCAGAGUGUAAAAAGGCUUCAGAGUUGUCCUCUCUGAGGGUCAACCAGUCGCAGCUACUGAGAGAAACCAUCAGACGGACGCUAACCAGCGCCAUCAGCAGGCAGAAAGCUGCUCAUUGCGCUGUCAACGACGGCCUGGUGAAAAAAAUUGCAGAGACAGUCACUCUGCAGCAAAAUCUGGCGCUGACGUCUGCAGCCACCCGGCAGGCCAUGUUUCGUAAGCAGAGGGAGAUCAACUGCAUUCGUCACAGCCACGGCAGAGCACAGGGUCCAGAGUACAGCGGCGAUCUUCUGUCCAGAGAGAAGCUCAACAGGCCUCUGGUGAAGGUUUAUCAGAGACACCCGGGGACACAGUUACCUGAAGCUGCUCAGCUCAUUCAGAGCGGUGCAGCGCUCAGACGAUGUCUUAAGUCCUCUGAGGGUGAGCUGGGGAAGCUGGAGCACACAUGUCUGCAGCUGCUGGAUGACCUGCAGGGCAAGAGAGCUGCAGCUCAGGUGGACGCAGCUGUGGUCCGCAUGAGGCGUCAGCAGGUCGACAAGCGAGCCAUGCCCGCCUUCCUCCAGCAAGGGGCGCUGUGAUGCUAAUUUAGUUAAUGAUGGGAACUAUUUACAGGUUAAAGAACAUUAGAACAGCUUGAAAAUGCACUUUAAGGUAAAAUGUUCAUGCACAGUCUUGUUUCUUUGGCUUAUUUAUGUUUUUUCCUAAGCUGUUUAGUUUUAGUUGAACUGUAUUACAUAAUCAUAGAUAUUUAAUACACAAGUGAUCUGCAAAUUUCAGAAAAAACACAUUUUAUUCAUAAACCAAAACAUUACAUGUUUCAACUUAGAAAAUAUACAAUUUUGGAAAUAUUAGCUCAUUUUGAAUUUGAUGUGGCAACACGUCUCACAAAAGUUGGGACAGAUUGUGUGGCAGUGUCCUGUGGCCCCUCUUCUUUUAUAUCCAGUCCCUAAAUGUCCAGGGUCUGGGGAGAGCAGCUGCUGGACCUUUGGUCCUUUUCUUCUCUGAUAGCUGAUUCUAGCUGCUUAACAGUUAUAUUUCUUGUUUCAUGAUGCUUCAAAGGUUUUCUGUUGAUGAAAAGUCUGGAAUGCAAGCAGGCCUCUCCAGCACUGAGUUCUGAUAAUAAGUCAGAUUGUCCCUCUCGUCCUCAGUCCGGAGGACACAGUGUCCAUGUUUUCCAGUAAGAAUUUCAGAUUUCAGUUUGUCCACAGAACAAUUUUCCACUUUGCCUUUUAACGAGCUUUUUCCCCAGAGAAGUUCUUUGCAUGGUUGUGCGUU